AUGCAUAAAAUAUUUUUAUUAGUUUUAAAUUUAAAACAAUUUAAAAAAAAAAUUAAUCUAGUGGAUGCCAAAAUGUAUGUGAAUGUGUCCGGAGACAUUGUUUUAGGUGCUUUGUUCCCGGUUCACCGGAAGGGUAUAAACGGAGACAAUUGUGGAAAAAUUCAAGCGGAAGAUGGAAUUCAGCCCCUUGAGGCGAUGCUUUACACGAUCCAACAAAUUAAUCGAGAUCCCUCCAUCAUACCAGGGAUUAAAUUGGGUGCACUUAUCUUCGAUUCCUGUGAUAAUCCCAACUACGCUUUAGAACAAACCUUAAAUUUUGUUAAAGGUUUCAUUGCUCAUGUUAACGAAUUUCAUAAAAGAGAGUUCGAAUGUUCGGACGGAAGUGUUCCAAAAUUUUAUCGAGGGGGAUUUGAUAAAGUUGUGGCAGUUCUAGCAGGACAGUCAAGUUCUGUUACGUUGCAAGUUGCAUCAGUGCUGAGACUUUUUUCUGUUCCUCAAAUUUCUUACAUGGCUACAUCGCCAUCUUUGAGCAAUAAGGAAAAAUUUCCUCAUUUUUUCCGAACGGUUCCAACCGAUGUCAAUCAAGCUCACGUCAUGUUGGAAAUGUUGAAGCAAUUUGAGUGGACAUAUGUUUCUGUCGUUUAUUCAGAUUCCGAAUACGGUAAUCGCGGCUAUGAGACUUUAGUUUCAUUAGCGGAUAAAUAUUCAAUAUGUUUUAGCGCUCCACAGAAGAUUGAUAAGGAACGAUUUUUAACUGAGGAUUACGAUAAUGUCAUACAAAUUAUUUCAAAUAGGACAGAAGUUAGAGUUGUAGUACUUUUUGCUGAAAAAAUAACAACUUUAAAAGUACUCGAAUCAGCAAGACGACUUGGGGUUGGUUCCCGAUACGUUUGGAUCGGAAGUGAUGCUUGGUCCAAUUCCAAUCAUCGAGAAUUUUUAAAUCCUGAUGAUAGUCAGGACCAAGAACAAAUUGUUUUAGAAGGGGCCCUGGCUGUGCAACCUUUAUCAAGACAAAUGUCAGGAUUUGAUGAAUAUUUAAAAUCACUAUCACUCCAGCAUGAAGAAACCAAUCCAUGGUUUAGAGAGUUUUGGAGAGAAUAUCACAGAUGUAACAGAAACGUCAAUCCGCAACACUGCUCCGACGCAGGAUAUAAGCAACAGAGAUUUCUCCACUUUGUAAGGGAUGCCGUUUAUUCCGUGGCAUAUGCUUUACAUGAUUUACAAGUUGAAAAGUGUGGAAGUGGAUUUAAUGGAUUGUGUCCCGAUAUGAUGCAUAUUGAUGGGGAGACUUUAUCAGAAUAUUUAUCCAAAGUUUCGUUCAAAGAUGAAGCAGGAAAUAACUUUAGAUUUCUGAACAAUGUCGAUGGCCCUCCAAGAUAUUCAAUUUUAAAUUACCAAAAGGAUGUAGAUGGAUCCCAUCGAUGGUACGUCGUUGGAAAUUACACUCAAAAUGAUAACGGGAAGCCAGUUCUUCAUCUGGAUAAGAAAAUAAUGAAAUAUCGAAGCCAGGAGCAUGGAGGUCGAAGAUAUUUUCCAAAUUCGACUUGCUCCAAACCUUGUCCACGUAAUCAAGUAAAAGUGCGAGUGAAAGAAGACCCUUGUUGUUGGAGAUGCAGAAAAUGUGGUCUUUAUCAAUAUAAAUUAGAUGAUCACAGGUGUGAAGAUUGUGAUCUUGGAACAAAACCAACAAAUGAUGGAAAAUUCUGUGCUGAUUUACCUGUGGAAUUUAUAGAUUAUUCGAGUCCUUUAGCUAUUGCUACUAUGAUUGUUGCUAGUUGUGGCAUUCUCCUUACAGUUUUUGUUCUUUUCGUCUUUUGGAUGUAUAGUGAAACUCCUGUAAUAAAAGCUUCUGGAAGAGAGCUUUCUUCACUUUUAUUGCUUGGAACGAUGGUCUCAUUUUUAAUGACUUUUGCGGUAGUUGUACAACCAAGUACAGAAUCAUGUGCAGUUACCAGAUUUGGUAUCGGACUUUGUUACACUUUAUGUUAUUCAGCACUUGUUACAAAAACUAACAGAAUUCAUCGAAUUUUUAAUACGACUCAUAACCCACAUAAGCCCAGGUACACUAGUCCAAAAUCUCAGUUAAUUAUAACAGGCCUUCUGACACUUGUGGAGGUAAUUAUAAAUAGUACUUGGUUAAUAAAAGUGCCACCAACAGUUACUCAUGUUUUUCCAACGAGAGAUACGAAAUUGAGAAUUUGUCAGGGUCUGGAUGAUAGAUCUUAUACAGUGGGGUUAAUUUACCCCUUCAUUCUCAUAGUAAUUUGUACAAUUUAUGCUAUCAAGACCCGAAAAUGCCCGGAGGGUUUUAACGAAACACGUCACAUAGCUUUUACAAAUUACACUACGAUGAUUUUAUGGUUGGCUUUUGUGCCCCUUUAUCUCGCAUCUACAAGUAACUCGAUAAGAGUCGUUACUUUAGCACUAUCUCUCUCUUUAAGUGGAUUAGUACAACUUUGUUGUUUCUUUUUUCCCAAAGUUUAUAUUGUUCUUAUGAAACCAGAAAAAAAUACAAAAGAACUUGUAAUGGCACAACAUAGAAGUUCUCCAUAUUUACAAACUCCAGCUACACCUAUUUCAAAUGCAAAAUCUAAAACUACUUCCAAAGGUUCGCCCAUCUCUAAUGGGAAAUUUUCUGGAGAUUCCCUAGAACCAUCAAAAGAAACCAUCAAAAUGUUGAAUGUGAGAACGAUGUAAAAAUGACCAAACUAUUUUACAUUUAAGGACCAACUUUAUGGAUGUACACGAAUUUUUUUCCUUUGAGAAAUAUGCAAAAUUUUAAAUUUGAAUCGAGGUUGAGAUCGUGUAGAAAAAGUUUAAAUUUGUAAAUAAGUUUAUAAUUGUAAAAAAACUGAAGCACAAUAGAAUUAAUCGCACCAA